CACAUGCGAUAACAGUCAAGCCCCGAGCUGACAUUGAGCCGCGAUUAAGGGAAAUUAAGGCUUAUUAAAUAUAAUUAAUAUCGUUUGAUUAGCUUGGCGUGGCUUGCCAUCAAGAUAAUGUCAACAUAGUCCAAUAGGAUCGCCAGGCAUGGGCAAAAUCGCAUUAGCGCAGAAAGGUUUUUAAUAAUGGCGUGAUGUUUACCUGUCAUCUCUUUCUUUCACAGCCAAUCAGUAAGAGACCGUGUCGCACAAGAUUGCUGGGUAACCUCAUAAUCGGAUAAGAAGUAAUCUAAAUUUCCCAUGGCAUAAGGCCCUUCAAAUCGAGAACUAAUUAACGUCGAAAGGCAUUGUUGCUGGCACAUCGAGCUACUCGUGAAGCGAAAUGAACGUUGAACGUAAACCACAUCCACAUUCCAUAGAGGUUAUACUAGGGUUAACGGAAACUAACAAACGAAACGCACAGUCAUUUCGUCCAUAUUGCAGACGGAACGAUGAAGAGGACAAUUCAAAUGGCUCGCAGUAUAGUGAAAGCUUUUACAGAAGACUGGUGCCUCGAUUAGGCCUUGUUCCACGGCCGCCUGUGCUAGAAAGCACUGAGUUUACUGGAAGAACAUUCAUUACUGAACGGAGGCCUGGCGAUUCCGUGUUCAACAACUCAGCUAAUAUCAGGGGCGACGAGGAAGUCGAACGGUAUCCGUGUAGGAAAAGUGUAACAACAGCAGAAAAUAAUGUUUCAACACCGCUGGAUAACCGAAGGAUGAUCGAGUUUGAGAGAACCAUGCAGCCAGGUAAUACACAAAGUUUGUUUAUACUCUUCCGUGGAGUAACAUCAUCUCGAACUGCCUUGUCUUUUAGCAUCGAUCUCUACAUAGACAACUGAUUAGCGACGUUUACCUUAGUCUAUGCUAGCUUUGAUACCAGGUAAAUAAACUUAAGUGGCAAUUAAAUAUACUGUUACUGUCUCAUAUGGCUGUAAAGAUUAAUCCAACUAAUCCAUUGAACUUGGUGGUAUAAUCUUGAACUGGCUGUGCCAGUGUAGCUAUAGUGCCAGUAAUAACAAAACUUCGGUUGACAAAGAUGCAACUACCUGAAAAAUACAAGGAGAAGUCGCUUCGUUGGGAAGUUAGUUAUAGGGCCUCCUUGUUCCGACGAAGAGCCUUCGCUCGAAACGUCGAAGUUCUCCUUGUAAUUAUCAGGUAGUUAAUUCCGUAGUUGCAUCCGUGUCAACCGACGUGGUUGGCGUUUCUGUGCACAUUUCAGUCUUUAGAUGCCACGAACGAUAUUAUGGCGAGUAAAAAACCUUCUUUAGGAUAAUCUGAAAAGGAUUACUCAUGCACUUUUUGUACAAACAUUCGUAAAGAAGACCUUGUUUUGUGCUUCCUGAUCGCUUUCUACCAUUCGGGUAGAUAAUUACUGUAUAUUAUAAUCUAUACCAAACCAGAAUCGGUUUAUAAAAGUGUGUAAAACAAAUUCUGCGUAAAUCAAAUUCUCAAACUGAAACGACCUUGAAUUUAUAAGGGUAGAGUGCUUUUAUUUAUAUAAGCCUGAUUGCUUAUAAACAUUGAUUUAUAACUGCUUAGAUAUAUACAGAGUCUAUGCUAAUAUGAACAAGAUUGUACAAUAUGGACAGUAAUAUACAACAAUUAGUGUUGUUCAGUAUAUAGAGACAUGUGCAGUAGCCAAAUUGGGUAAGAUAUAGCACUAUAUCUUUACAAAUUGUACAAAUUCAAGGCACCUUUAACAUUCCCAACUAAUUUAGUUAUUUUUGUUAUUCAAAAUGUAAGUUCUGUUCGAAAGUUGAAUUUCAGUAUAUAACGGCUGUAUAUUAUGUCAGCGCGGACGUCAAAGUCUCGACAUAAACGUAUUUAUCUUUCCUAUUUUAGCUAAUUUAGACGAGCUUGACAAUGUGUUGCUACAAAAAGACGGCGACUACUUUCACAAACAAGAAACCAUUGAAGGUUGCUUAAAACAACGACGACGAAGGACGGCAUUUACAAGCCAACAGCUGCUUGAACUCGAACGAGAAUUCCAAACAAAGAAAUAUCUUUCAGUGGAAGAAAGAUCACAAAUUGCGUCGGGUCUGAAACUUUCUGAAGUACAAGUGAAAAUUUGGUUCCAGAAUAGACGCGCCAAAUGGAAGCGUGUGCGAACUGGUUCUUCUGGCCGUUUCAAUAAGCAUAAUGGUAGUUCAGGAAGUCGAAUAGUCGUACCCAUCCCUGUCCAUGUGAACAGAAUAACAGCGCGAAAUCACUUACAUAUUUCGUAAUACGAAUGAGUCAGAAUUCCUCUUGGACUCCUGAGCAUAAGACUCCAUAUCAUUUCGAUUAGAAAUUUAAAAAAAACUGUAUGCAAUUUAUAUUUACAUUAUCAGCGAAAGAAUUAUUAUGAACCCAAAGUCAAUUGAAAUUUUUUUAUACACCGUCGCAACGGUACAAGUAAACCUGCCUGUACAGGCGCGAUACCUAUUUUAUUGGACGUUUUGUCACUCAUAUUAAUUUCAAAAACAUUGAGCUCAAGUUCAAUAGUUCAGACUCGAGUUCAGAUGCAAGCUAUAAACUUUGAUAAGCUAUAUAUAAGCCUGUAAAGCUAGCACAUGUACGCCAUGCAUAUAUAUAAAUACAGAACCGUCUGUGCCAGUCUAGAUACCGUAUAGUUCCAAUAAUAAGGAAGCUUCGGAUUAAUAGGGAUGCAACUACCUGAAAAAUACAAGUUGAGAUUCGACGUUUCGAGCGAAGGCCCUUCGUCUAGACGUUCUGGUACUAACUCCCCGACAAAGGGCCUUCGCUCAAAACGUCGAAUUUCUCCUUGUAUAUUUUUCAUGUAUAGCUGCAUCCUUAUAAAUCGGAAUUAGCUCUCUCAUAUAUAGAUACAGUCUCUCAUCGUGAAGAAGCCACAUGUUUCUUGACGGUAAUUAUAAGUUGCGACAUGGUUGAAACAAUAUUAUUUUGAACACAUGCAGUCAAAUUACCGAUUUCGAGUUUUAUAUAUUAUCAUUUCUGAAGUGGCAGAAAAUUUUGAAACGAAAAUUCCUUCCACUUAAAAUUUGAUCUGAUGAAUGCAAUUUAUCAAGGGAUUGACGGUUCAGUUCAGUUUCAGAGUGUCAAUUAUGCAUUCGGUAUUAAGUACUUACUAAUUGAGAUUAACUGCCUUGGCAAUCAGGUCAAUUGCAUGCGGGAGGUUGCUAAACUAUAGCUCAUAUUUCCAUUUUCAGCUGACAAUUUGAAAAGGUAUAUAAAAUAAACAAAUUUCUUGGAUUUUCGGGAUUUGUUUUACUUCAUAAUUCGUUUACAGACUGUACAGCAUUUAAUUAAACUAUAUAUCCUCAUAUGGCGAUUACGAAAUUGACAAUGGGAAUCUUUUCUAUAGAUAAAUAGCAAGUUUCACAUCCUGUUUGCUAUACUUAUUUGUACAU